UGCAUUUACUUAGGUAAUUUUGACAAGAGAAGACUAACUGUCCGCAGAACCUAAUUGAUUUAAAACAAAAGACAUAUAUCUUGUGUGUGAAAAAAAAAAUCGCAAGAAUUUUUGGUGAGAUAUUGUUUGGUCGUUUAUUAUUCUUUGCUGGUGUAUUCAAAGACGAGAAUUCCGUUAAAUGGCUGGUGGAAGUGAAUGUUUUUCCAUCGGAAGCACAGUUUCGUGCACCACUUGUUUUAAACAAGUCAUCGAAGGUUUGGUCAUGGCAUUUGAUCCAUCAACCAAAAUGCUGAUACUGAAAAAAACCCAAAAUUCAGAGUGCACAAAAAGCGGCAAACAAUUAAACGAUGUGUUCAUAAUAAAUUUGGGCUUAUGCAGCGAUGUGCAGGUGAAAAAUGAGAUAAAUUCACCACCAACACAACCUCCACCAUCGUUGAAUUUGCAAAGAUUGAAUACACGCGUACGAAAUUCUGUCGACGAUAAAAAACUGUGGGUAGCUGCAAUGUCGGCUGGAGUCAGCCCAGAGGGAAAAAAAUUGUUUUUGGACAUUUCCAGAAUGAUCAAAGACGUUACGUUGGUGGGAACAAAUAUUGUAGUGUUCAAUGAUGUUCAAAUUCGACCCCCAUACCGAUCCGAAAAUGUUUGCGGUCAUCAAGGAUCGAAGCAAUUGAAUUACGUCCGAAAACUUGUAGAACGUUUAACAAAAGAUCGACCGGUCAAUUCACAUCAUUCGUUGAUGCAAUCGCAACCACCAUUGCCACAACGACGAAAUUCAAAUGGCAAUGGACCAGCCGCCAACAAUUCAUCAUCGAUUACAUCAUCCACAAAGAUCACAGAAAGAAACACGAACGCAAAUAUCAAAGCAAAUUAAUUUAAAAGAAACAACAAAACAACAAAAACGAAUUAUUAUUAUUAUCGAUUUACCGCAUAUAAUAACGCAUUACACGCAUACAACAUGAGAUAAACGAAAUCAUUUCGUGAUCUAUCGGUUUUUAUGUGAUAGUUGAACAAAUUGGAACACUUUUGUUGGCAAAUUGUUAGUCUCGAUAUAAUGAGCCCAGGCUAUUUAAAUUAUCAUACCUCUUUUUUAGUUUCUUUUUUUUUUCUAAUCUCUCUCUCUUGUGUUUAAUCAUUAAGCACGAUUCCUGGUCAAAAUUACAACAAACCAAAAAGAAUGAGAAUCAUUUUCAAACGAAAUCGAAUAAAAAAAAUCGUAGCAUUUUCUUGUGUUCGAAUUUAAACGUC